AUAUCAAUUUUUAUGAUCAUAUCUAACAAAUAACACUUAAAUAUUUGCAUUAGUUACAGUGACUCGCUAAAAUAACAAUAUUUUGCACAUUAAAUUCAUCGCCGAACAGGUUUAGUGAGUGAUACAAAGUAUUCGCCUGAGUGACUCAUAAUUCACAGCGCAUAACUAGUGUCUUCAUACCUACAAUCGGAUUCUACAAAAUAGAUUAAACAUGCUGUGUAACAAUUGUAAUAUUGCGUUGAUACCUGAAGAAACAAUAAAAUGUGUGGCCUGCCAGGAAACGUGUCAUUACGCAUGUUUUGGAAUAAAAGAUACCGAUUACAAAAAGAUGCUGCCUAUGAAUAAAGCUAAGUGGAAAUGUAAUAACUGCAAAUCAAAAAAAAAGGGAAGUAAUUUAAUAAUAAGUCCUAUUACAAACACCAUUCCUGAGAGUAGUUUUCAGUCUAUUUCAGCUCAAAACACCGAUUUAAAGUCUAUGCUUGCUCACUUUGACGAUAGAUUUAAUAGUUUAAAUUCUACAAUAGAAUCAUUUAAAUGUUUCUUUACUGAUGAAUUUCGUAAGCUUUCUGAAACAGUAAGUUCAUGGUCUUCAAAAAUUACUACUAUGGAGUCAUGCAUAAAUACCAUCGUAGACCGUAUAAAUGAUUUAGAUAAGGAGGUCUCUAAAGUUAACAGCUAUCAAAUCGAAUUAAAUGAUUUAAAGCAAAAAAUUAAUGAACUAUCAGAAGGCACCUUAAGAAACGACCAGUGGGUUCGGCGGUCGAAUAUUCAGAUUAACGGCAUCCCACACAAAAAAAGCGAAAACUUAAUUCAAAUUGUUCAAAGUUUAGCGUCAAAAAGUGGUUACUGCUUAAAUCCAGAUACGGACAUAGAUUUCGUGACCAGAGUGGCAAUUAAGAAUGACUCGGUAGAAAAUAAACCCCGCCCAAUUAUAUUAAAAAUGCAGGCACGAUAUAAAAAGGAUGACUUUCUUUCAUCACUAAGGAAAAUAAAAAAUUUAAAAGCUUCCGACCUUGGAUAUGCCGGUGUUAAUACUCCAAUAUAUGCUAAUGAUCACCUAUCAACCUAUAAUAAAUCUCUUCUAAAUGAGGCUAGACGAAGAGCAAAGCAGAAAGGCUUCAUGUAUUGCUGGGUCCGUAACUGUACGAUCAUGGUUCGGAAAACUAGCAGCUCACCGGUUAUUCAUAUAAGUUCUAGUGAAUGUUUAAAGAAAAUCACAUAAGUGCUACCAUACUAAACUCAUACAUGUUUGUCUUUGCUUUGAUAUUAAUGACUUUUAAAAUUAUUUAUAGAUAUUAUAGUUUUAAUUGUAGUUGCUGUUUUUGCAAGCUUUAUAAUGUGGUUGGUUCUGCGAGGGAAUGUUUCUAUAAGCUAGUUAUUUUAUUAUUUAUUAUAAGUGCUUUUAUUUAUUGCUAUACAAUUUUGUGGUGUAUGUUUUUAAACUUAUUUUGUAGAAAACUGUUUGAACAAAUUUUGGAUCGAAUUAUUACUUAUGAUUACUAUUUAUUAAUGCUUCUUCUAACUUAGUAUGGCUCUAACUAUAUUUUACCAAAACGUUAGGGGAUUACGCACCAAAACAAAACAAUUUUAUUUGAAUCUUUUGAAUAUGAAUUAUGAUAUAGUUUGUUUGAGCGAAACAUGGUUGUCAGAAGGAUUUUUCAAUGAAGAAUUUUUUGACUCGCGAUAUAGUGUAUACCGAAAUGAUCGUGAUUACAAGCGUCUAGGAGUGACUAUGGUUGUGUUACUGUAGACAUGCGUCACUCUUACGUGCCUCCAUGUUUGCCUGAUGCGGACAUUACUUCUCUGGACCUACUUUUGGAAAAGUAUACAACCCGAAAAAAGUUAAGGGUUUUCUGCUGUUAUUUUCCACAAAACACACAACAAAGUAACUCUCAAGCUACAUUUUUUGAAUAUUUAUCUGAUCUAGUAAUUAAAUUCCCAAAUGAUAAAUUCAUAGUAUUAGGAGACUUCAAUGUUAAGGAUGCAACAUGGCUGCAUGUUCCCGGAGGACAUAUUACCAUUGUAAACACUUCUUAUAAUAAUUUAGUUAAUCAGCUAUUUGCAUUUAUGACAUUUACAGGAUUUAAGCAGUAUAAUAAUAUUUACAACAAUAAUAAUAGACUAUUAGAUCUUGUUUUAUCUAAUACUAUUU